GGCUAGUAUUGUAAUUUUCCAAAUAAAUUGUUUCCAACAAUAGACCAAAUCUAUGAUUUUAGCCAAACUACAGGGAACCAAAAUGUAAAUUAUUUCAAAACUGAUUUAAAAAAAAAAGUAUAUAGUUUACUCCGUAUCAUCUGUUUUUAUAAAUAGUUUUUAGUUCCUGUUUGCGGCGAGUAGGGUUUCAAUGGCAGAGGUUGUUCAUGCGGAUGUGCUUAAGCAGAUACUAAUAAGAUUACACGUGGAGGAUCUGAUCCGUUGCAAGAGAGUUUGCAAGUCAUGGCACUCUUUAAUCACAAGUCCUCGUUUCAUUAAUCGUCAUCUUAACCGUAGUUACAACAAAGAUCGCUACAACAAUGAACUUAGCAGUAGAAGAGUUCGUAUAUCGCAUCGUCAUUGCAGUCUUGUUGGUUCUUCCAAUGGCUUGGUAUGCAUCAUCUCUUGUAUAAAUAGUCGUAAAGUUUUAGUAGGCAAUCCGUUGACUAGAGAGGUGAGACAACUGCGACUUCCCGGUUGGAUGACCCAUUCACCACCGGCGUGUUCGGGUUUUGGUUAUGAUUCAUCUAAAGAUGAUUACAAAUUAAUUGUAGGCGCUGAGAAACGCAAGAAUCGAACAUGUGUUCAAGUGUUGAGUUUGAAAUCAAAUGUGUGGAGAGUUAUUAGAGAAGUGAAGUAUAUAUUUUGUACUAAGAUUGGUAUCUUAUGCAAUGGUGCACUUCACUGGAUUGUUAGAGAUGAAAGGAUGAAAAUGCUAAUUAUUGCUUAUGAUUUAUCUAAAGAAGAAUUUAAAGAAAUCCCCCAACCUAAGGGUGAAGGAUGUCUGUUUAGAUUUUCUACGAGCCGCCUGGGAAUCGUCAAAGAAUGUUUGUGCAUAUUUGGAUAUGCUUGUGAAGACGACGUAUGGAUUAUGAAAAAGUACAAUGUAAAACAGUCAUGGGAACUGUUGCCGCGACAUCAUGAGUGGAAACGUAGUAUUAUACACUACUUGAGCUUACCCAAGGAUGAGAGUUUCUUCCAUCAUGACGUCGGAUCAUGGUUUUCUGGGAAUUCGAGUCGUCUCCAGUUUUUUAUUGAUGCCCCUAUAUUUGUGGAGAGUCUUGUAUCUCCCUAGCAAGAGAUGGAAUAGAUGAAAACUGUGUGUUGAAUCUUAAUGGUACUUUUUAUUACCCAAAUAUUUGCUAUUCACUAGCUUCCUUUUUUU